CCCUCCCCCGGAACAACAACAACAACAUCCAAAAUCCAAACCCAAGCCAAGAACACACGCUGUUCUGAAUCUGUCCAUCAGUCUCCGCUUCCACUGAUUCGUCCAGCCGAGAAGAAGAAGAGCUGCAGAAGAUGAGCAAGCUCUGGACCAUCCUCACCCACCUCCACACCCUCGCAGGGCCUGGCGUGAUGCUCCUGUACCCGCUGUACGCGUCGGUGCAGGCGAUGGAGAGCCCGUCGAAGCUGGACGACGAGCAGUGGCUGGCCUACUGGAUCCUCUACUCCUUCGUCACGCUCGUCGAGAUGGUCCUCGAGUCCCUCAUCUACUGGAUACCGAUCUGGUACGAGCUGAAGCUGCUGUUCCUGGCGUGGCUGGCGCUGCCCAACUUCAGGGGAGCGGCCUUCAUCUACGACAGGUUCGUCAGGGAGCAGCUCAGGAAGCACGGCCUCACCAACCACCCCGGCAGCGGCAUCAGCAGCAGCAAGAAGGAGAACGGCGGCAAGUCGUCCUCGCCGUCGACGUCCCCCAAGGAGAAGGAGAACGCCAAGAGCAGGUUCCUCUCCUUCGGCGCUCCCAAGAAAGACCACUGAAGUAGAUUGGGGCAGUAACCAGAGAUCCCUGCGGCUAGCUUCUUGGCUUGUGGUGUUUUUCUGGUUUGUUUGAGAUUUUAGCUUGUGGUCUUGGGAGUAUUACAUGUCUUGUCCAAAAAAGUUGUACUAGCACUCCAUAGAUGAGGCCCUCGGUUGCAGGCUAGCUAGAUGGUGGCUUGUGGUGUUGUAGUAUUAUUACAUAUAUCUGUCCAGAAAAAUGUACCGAGAUUGGAGCAGUAACCAGAGAUUUCAUCUCAUCUCA